UAAGGGGCGCUGACCAAUGGGCGCGCACGCUGGCCUAGGGGGCGGGGCUUUCGAGCUCGGACUGCGCACUCACGGCCAACCCUGUUCCUCUUCCCCCUCUCAGGAAGCUCCGGUCGGCUGCAACGCACUCCGGUUUCAGGUUCCGCGGCCCAAGUCCCCCCAGCAGCUAAGGAAGGAACGGAAUCGGCGACAAUGAAAACGCACAGUAUGGCGGGGUCCCGGUGUGGCAGAAGUGACGGAGUCCUCCUCUCUUUUCCCUCCUCCCUCCUCCCCUUUUCCUCCCCCCCCUCCUCUCACACGCCGCGUGGGAACCCUGCAGGAGACGAAGGACGCGCCCGUCAGGCCUUCUGGGAAAUGGAGUCCGCCGCCCCGGUUCAGUGCUGCGCAUGUGCAGAGCCCACUUAGCCGAUCUGGGAAAGGUGGACUGAGUCUCGGUGAAGCUCCCCCUUCUCCCCCUGCGGGGAGUUGCGGCGUGAGCGCCGCUUGCUCCUGGGGACUCUGGACGCGCCAGCGGGGCCCAAGGAAAGGAAGGCACCAAGAGUCUUGGGCCCUCUCCGGGGGGUCCAGCCAAAAAACCGACGAGACACUUGUCACGCUGCUGAGCCCCUCCCGGAGAGCGCCGGGCCCAGUGCCGUGCAUAGGGGAAGCGCUCCUUAGGGCUCCGCGCGGCGGGGGAGGGCCGGGCAAUGCACACCGCACACAUUUUCAUACUUGGCGCGUCCGUUUUGCUGAUUUAUUCUCUUUAUUUUCAUUAAAAACGUAUUAUUUGAGGAGGGGGUUUCUAGGAAGAAACCUAAACGACACAAGGCUGGAAAAUGCUCGGCUCAGAGACGGGCCAGAGCUGGCUAAUGUCCGCCCCCCAGAGCCCAACCUGGCCUCCCUGACGUGCCCCCAGCUGCCCGGCCUUCGCCCAGAGGCUGCGAGGGGGUGCGGGGGGGGGGGCGGUGCUACUGCGAGUUAGGGAGUCUGGGGCCGUUUGUGCGGAAUGAGGCAGCGGGAGAGAGGUGAAGCUUACAAAGGAACCGAAGGACUCCGACCGCGUUCCAGGGCGGAGCCUGUCGGUCACCCCUUGAGGGAGAGGUGAUGGAUUCGGGCUGCACCGGAGACCACACAAACACACACACCUCAUGGCUGAUGAUCUGACUAUCUAUUUGUUCCAAGGGCUUCUUGGUCCGUUGGAAAGAGCAACAUUAACUUAAGAACAAAGUAGUGAGAUUAGAACUUGGGGGGAGCCGAGUUCAUUCCUUGGAAGCUCCCCUGGCCAGCCUCUCCAGUCCCAUACCGUGCCCCCCUUUCCCACCACACGGGGUGAAGAGUAGCCUCCUCCAUGUUACAGACUGCACUGCGCACUCAGUCUAGGCCGGACAGACACAAGCAGCCCCAGUGAGAGACACAAGGAUUCCAGUCCGAGGGUGCACGUGCUCUGGAGAGGCACUCCCCCCACCCCAUUUGCUGCCUGUCGUCCGCAUCUGCGCACCCAGUCUCAGCCACACUCUCAUCCAUCCAACCCUGCAGCCCUGGGGCAAAGGAGGCUGCUGGGGAGAAGAGAUGCCCGCCCUUCCGAUCCCGGGAAACCUCUCCUGCGGAGGAGCAAGGGGCGCAGGAACUAUGGAACAACCAUAUGCCCCAGGGACCUUCCCCAAAAGGAGCAGCCUCCGCACCAGGGGGCCCAGUUGGUCUAGGGCGGCAGGUCGGGCAGAGGAGAGGUGAAAAAAGGGUAGCUCCAGGACCCAUCACCACUCUUCCACAGGCUGGGCGAGAAGGGGGAGGGGGACCCCCCGGGGCACGGAAUUUGAGCAUGCGCAGAAGCCUCUCUAGCCUCAGGACUACGUUUCCCAGAGGCCUUUGCAUGUCGCCAAGGCACCUCCUGAACCGGAGGGAGGAGCAAACAAGCGAAACUUCCGCUUCCUUUUCCCCUCCGCAACCUCUUCUUUCACGGUCUGUCCCGUUCUGUUCCUUCUCUGCCGCUGCCGGGGCUUACGACCCUGCGUCCUGAGCCGGGGUGAGUGACAGCUUGGGGCCGGGCGGACGCGCAGGCGGCGGGGCUGCUGAGUGUCAGUCCUGGGUUUCGGAGCCUCCUGGGAGGUGGGGAGGAGCUCUGUGCCAGCGGUAACCACACAUGCGCACUCUCCUGAACCACGCCUUCUCUACACCCAUUGGUCAGCCUGAGGGGGCGCGACCUGACAACCAAUCAACUGCUUGGCUGCUCCCCCGCCCAGCCCAGGCUUUCUUUGUGGACUGCAUCCCUAGUGGAAGAGCUCCAACAGUGUGGGAGAGGACGAGACCCCGGGUCCCUUAUCUCCCCGUCUUGAGGCCGUCCCCGCAAACACCUCUUGAGGGGUGUGCAGCCCUACACAGCUCCCACCCCUGCUGGGGCUCCCUAUUAUCCCUAAGGCUGUUGUCACCCCAAAUACCUUCUCGGGGGCGUGCAGUCCUGCUCCCCCAUUUGUGGGCCCCCAUCCCCCCUCCUGUAUCCCCAAGUACUUUUGGGGAUGGUUACAGAGAAUCACGAUCUCACCAUGUUAGAGAGGAGGUAGGGCUCGCCUGUGAUCAGACCGAUCGGACCGAGGUCGGAAUGCUCUGCCCCGGGGGGUCACAAACCUGAACGCUUUGGGGGUCUCUAACUUGGAGCAUCCCGUGUUUCCCCGGAGCCGCUUCCUCCUGCGCUGCUCCGAGAGUCGGCGCCUUCUCUGAUGAGGGCACCGUGCUCGGCGCUUCUGGCCCAGGGGCUCCCACCUCAUGCAACCGAUUCCAAGGUUCUUAAGGGAGACCUUGAGUGUGUCCUUGUGUCGCCUCUCGUGCGCCCUCGCCCUGGGUGAGCCCUCCAUAAAAUAGCCUUGUUAGCAAGCGUCCGCUGGGCAUCUGAACAGGGUGGCCGCCAGGGAGCUCUGCAGCAGCGCUGGCCAGGUUGGUUCAAGAAAGGGCCUUGGGGUCCGGUACCUUCUCCUGCCCGGGGUCUUCGGAAUCUUCCUGAGACAAUUCAAAGGGAAGCCAUUCGAGGUCCUCGCGGGGGCGGGUACCUGCCCAGGGUUCCCAGUGAGGUCGGCGCAGGGGCCCUUCAGUCCCGCAGCCAGUCUCCCCUCUCUUCUGUCCCGCACUUUCCCUUGGAGUUUCUCCAACACUCAGCUAGCUCUGGCAGUGAGGGGUCAGCCCGCGUCCACCCCUGCCAGGGGAAGUAACCCCCACAGCAUUCCUGUGUUUGCUCACAGUUACAGCGGGGCUUGAUUUCAGGUGCUUUUCCCGGCUCUGCUUGCCUCAGUACAAAGCGCUCUCCCCAAGUUUUCCUGAAUCCUUCCUCUCCAUAACUUGUUAUGGAACUAAGAGUCUCCGAGUCCCUUUGUUCGGUCCAUAAGCCGUGGGGCGCCUCCUGUGCUGCUGGGAAUGCAGAGAGGGAGGGUCAGCCCUGCCCUCUAAAGGGGAGACAGUCUGUACCCACCCAAGCAGAGCAGGCGUCAGGCCUUGAGUGUUUUUGCUCUGGAGGGCUUUCUUAAUCAUUGACCGGCUGUGAUCAUUUCGGAAUAAGAAGUAGCCGAAUGCUUACUAUGUCCCACGCUUAUUUCUUAUUCUAGUAAGACUGGGGGGGGGAGCUGUGUAAAUGAAGGUAUGAUGUGGUCCUAGGAAGUCCCCUGGGUGAAAGUUCAUUCUUUCUGAAGUUUGUAUUGAGUGUGUCCCAUGAUCAUCACCAUCUUUAGAUUAAAAUCCACUGAGCUGUUUUUGGCCAGGCCGGAGCCCGCCCGGCCGAUAAAAUAAACAGACGCCCCCUACUACAAAAAGUGGCAAACGGGGGGCAGGUCUGCUGCGGAGCCGGAGCCGGAGCCAGAUCCCGGGAACUGCGAGAACUGGACAUCUCGGAGCUUGGGGUCUGUAGACACUCCCCCUGUUACUUUUGACAAAGGGCCUUUGUCCAGAAAGGACCUUUCCCAGAGGCUUAUCUACCCCAGCCAAGCACCAGAGGAGCCGACGGUGAUCUGAGAGGGCCCCAUGCAGACGGCGGGCCUGGCGCCAAGGCUGUGAGGAAGCCAAAGAAGCCCGGCGUUGCCCCGUCGGCAAACCUCCCCAGCGUUUUGCAAAAGGGCGACUGAGGGAUUUGGGGGGAUGGGAGCCCUUAGAAGCCUGCGCCCGUACUGGAACGGAUCCGUGGGCCAAAAGGUAGGAACAUUUUUUUCAGCAUAAUUUCAGUUGUUUUGCACAGUGGGGGGGCCAGUAAUUAGGAGGCGAGCGCCUGGAGGGAGAUGUCUGCCUAGACCGUUUAUAGCACAGAAUGCUUGCCGACUGACUCCCCACUGGUGCUCCUUCUCCCAGCUCUGUGUUCCGGCUUUUCCCACAGAGGAGGAGGGCCCACAAGGACGGAAUGGCCUCCGUGCUCCCCCUGGCCCGGCCCCACCAGGGCUCCGUGACCUUCCAGGACGUAGCUGUGGACUUCUCCCAGGAGGAGUGGGGGCAGCUGGGCCCGGCCCAGAAGGAGCUGUACCGGGAGGUGAUGCUGGAGAACUACCGGAACCUGGUGGGCCUGGGGCUUGCUGUCUCCAGUGCCCAUGUGGUCUGCCAGCUGGAGCGAGGGGAAAGACCGUGGGUGCCCGAGGGAGACGCCCCAGGAAGCAGCCAUGCAGGUUGGGAGACCAAGUUUUCAGCUUCAAAAUUGGGCAUUGCAAUUAAAGAAUCAUCUCAGGAAAUACUAACAAGGGUUGAUAUAUGUGUCUCCAAUUUAGAAGAAGCCUGGAAACUUAAAGCCAAUUUAGAAACUCCUCAGAGCAAUAAAGAAAAGAAUAUCCAUAAAUGUGAUAGCUACGGAGAAGGUGAAUAUAAUGAAUGUGGGAAACCCUUCACUUAUAAUUCAAGCCUUAUGGAGUAUCAGACAAUUCAUAUUAGUAAAAAGCUUUAUGAAUGUCAUGAAUGUGGAAAGGCUUUCAGUCAGAAAGCAGAAAUUAGACAACAUCAGAAAAUUCACACUGGAGAGAAACCUCAUGAAUGCAAUGAAUGUGGGAAGGCCUUUCGCCGUAGUUCGCAGCUUACUGAACAUCAGAGAAUUCACACUGGAGAAAAACCUUAUGAGUGUAAUGAAUGUGGCAAAGCAUUCCGACAGAGAUCAAAACUUACUAGACAUCAGAGAAUUCAUACUGGAGAGAAAACUCAUGUUUGUAAUGAAUGUGGGAAGGCCUUCCACCAGAGCUCAGCACUUAUUCAACAUCAAACAGUUCACACUGGAGAGAAACCUUAUGAAUGUCAAGAAUGUGGGAAGGCUUUUAGCCUGAGCACACGAUUUAUUGUACAUCAGCGAAUUCAUACUGGAGAGAAACCUUAUGAAUGUCCUGAAUGUGGAAAAGCCUUUCACCAGAGAACAGGACUCACAGAACAUCAACGAAUUCAUACUGGAGAGAGAGCUUAUGGAUGUAACAAAUGUGGGAAGACCUUCUGCCAAAGAACAGGACUUACUCAACAUCAGAGAAUUCAUACAGGAGAGAAACCUUAUGAAUGUAAGGAAUGUGGGAAAGCCUUUUGCCAGAGAACAAGGCUUACUCAGCAUCAGAGAAUUCACACAGGAGAAAAACCUUUUGAAUGCAAGGAAUGUGGGAAAGCCUUCCGAGUAAGAACACUGCUCACUCAACAUCAGAUUAUCCACACUGGAGAGAAACCUUUUGAAUGUAAGGAAUGUGGGAAAGCCUUUCGCCUGAGCACAGGGCUGAGUGAGCACCAGAGAAUUCACACUGGAGAGAAACCUUAUGAAUGUAAUGAGUGUGGAAAGGCUUUCCGCUGGAGUGCAGGACUUAGCCGACAUCAGACAAUUCAUACUGGAGAAAAACCUUUUGAAUGUAGUGAAUGUGGGAAGGCUUUCCGUCUGAGCACAGCACUGACAGAACAUCAGAGAAUUCACACUGGAGAGAAACCUUUUGAAUGCAACGAAUGUGGAAAAGCCUUUCGUCUGAGCAUUGGACUUACUGAGCAUCAGAGAAAUCACACAGGAGAGAAACCGUAUGAAUGCAGUGAAUGUGGGAAGGCCUUCAGUCAGAGUACACAGCUUAAUCGACAUCAGAGAAUUCAUACUGGAGAGAAACCCUAUGAAUGCAAUGAAUGUGGGAAAGCCUUUUGCCAAAGAGCAAACCUCACACAACACCAGACCGUUCACACUGGUGAAAAGCCUUACGAAUGUAAUGAAUGUGGGAAAGCUUUUAGCCAAAGCACAGCCCUUACUGGACAUCUGAGAAUUCACACUGGGGAGAAACCUUACGAAUGCGAUGAAUGUGGGAAGGCCUUCCGUCUGAGAACAGGACUCACUGAACAUCAGCGAAUCCACACUGGACAGAAACCAUAUGAAUGCAAUGAAUGUGGAAAGGCUUUCCGACUAAGCAAACAGCUUACUCAGCAUUAUAGAAUUCACACAGGAGAAAGGCUUUUAGAAGGUAGAGCUUUUUAAAAGAAACAAGUUGGAGGUUUUUGGCCAGAGUACAUUCUUUUGCAGAAAGUAGAAACUUUAACCGAAGGGAAACCCUGUAGAUGAAUCAAAUUCCUAUCUAAUUUCAUACAACAGCUGUUUCAGACCUUUUCCUCUCUGUUCACUUUCACAUUUGCAGCAGAUGACUUACUAUGGAGAAUUUUGUUUCAAUAUGAAAGGAGCUCAUUAUUCUUUUUCCUGAUAAUCAGAGGAAAAUUGGCCCCUCUUUCUUCCUGAUUACGCUUUUGGGUUUAUCAUCCCAUUCAUCCUUAUUCCUCUCCAAUUUCAAAUUAUUUGCCAAGUCUUGAUUUUUAUCUCUAUAACAUGUCUAGCAUCUAAUCUUUUUUUCUGCUCACAUAGCCACUCAUUUAGUGCAUGCCCUUUUCAUUCUUCAUCUGAACUAUUGCAAUACUUCCUAGUUAAACUCUCCAUUCUCAAUCCAUUUUCUACCCAGUUUUCAAAAUAAUCAUCCAGAGGCUUGGACUUUGCUAUGUUUUCCCCAACUCAAGAAUCUUCAAUGACUUCCUUUUGACUCCAAUGCAAAAUACAAACUUCUCACCCAUUUGAAGCUCCUCCUGGGCUUCUCCUUUAACCUGUCUUUCUGGUUUAUUUCAUCUUGUUUCCCCUCAUUAAUUCUCAUGUCCAAAUGAAUUGUCCAGCUUUCUGCUCCCUGAAUCUUUCAUUUCAUCACCUGCUUUUACACCUUUCUGCUGGCCUAAAAUGUUCUCUCUUCCACCUUUUACAUCUUGAAAUUCUUAACUCCUUUUAAGGAUUAAUUAAAAUGUUAUCUCUUACAUAAGACCUUUGCUUAGUCAUUCCAGAUAUUGUUGCUCCAUGGUGCCUACCCCCUUACCCAAUAAUUUAGUGAAUGAAUUUUGCAGUUAGUAAUCCAUGUAUAUUUCCAUUGAGGACAGUUUUGUUUCUGUCUUGUAAUCUUCUGUACUUAAUACAAUGUCUUACAUUUAAUUGACACUUAAUAAAUCCUUAUUGAAUUCA